AUGUCAGUGGGAAGCUUUGGCAAUCUUCUCUCAAAUACUAAACGUUUGAUGGUAGCCAGUUUUGUUUUGCCAAUGAAAGGAUGCCAAUUAGCUGAUUUUCUAAGCAAGCAAAUUCGACAGUUAGAUAUUGUUACUCGUUAUGAAAUGCAGAAUUUAGCGAAACUACAAUAUGGCUACUUUGAUCGUUUGAAAGAAUUACAUCUGUUACUAAGUUACGGUGGUUUCAGUGAAAUAUCAAGUACUCUUUCGAAAUUUAUUAUGAACUUGUUUAUAAAUUUCCUAAGUCUGGAACUUCUUUCACUCCAUACUAUUCCUUGCAGGCGUUGUGUUUUUUAUGCCGCUGAUGACGCAUUUCAACUGGUCAUUGAAUAUAUAGAUCUAAGUGAAAUUGCGAAUGUAUUCGAAAUUAAACCCUGCGGUCAAUAUUUUCAUUUCGCAAAAAAAAUGAACUUUUGA